AUGGAGUCCAGCUGUAAAGCAGCGGUGCACGUGUUAGUGUUGGCCUUGCUGGUUCAGGCGGCCGUGGCUCAGCACUGGUCAUACGGGUGGUUGCCGGGUGGGAAGAGAAGUGUGGGAGAGCUUGAGGCGACCAUUAGGAUGAUGGGUACAGGGGGCGUGGUGUCUCUUCCCGAAGAGGCGAGUGCCCAAACCCAUGAGAGACGUCGACCAUACAAUGUAAUGGAUGAUGAUUCCCAUCAUUUUGAGCGAAAGAAAAGGUUCUCAUAUAAAUGA